ACACUAACGGAAACAUCAACGUGCAAAGCGAGGACGGACAGACGUUCUCUGUCUCGACUGUCUCACUGUGCGUCGAGCAAGUGGAAAAAGUAUAAAAGUCAGUGACAAGCGAAAUGUGCAUACAGCAGCAGCAGCAGCAACAACAGCAGCAGCAGCAGCAACAGUAGCAGCAGCAGCAGCAGCAGCAGCGGCAGCAGCAAUUGCAGCAGCUGUUGUAACAGCAACAGCUCUUCAUUGAUGUUGCUCUAGCUAGCUAUACAGCCUAAAAGAAUAUCUAAAAUAUCUGGCUUACACAUGCUCAUGCUUCGAUGGCAAUAUGCACGAGCAGCAGCAACAGCAACAGCAGCAACAGCAACAGCAACAGCAGCAACAGCAACAGCGACAGCAGCAGCAACAUUUCUGACAGCAGCCGCAUGCAAAAUAUUGCCGUUAUUUACAAGCAAGCAGCAGCAACUAUUGCUAACUAAAAUAGCAACGACAACGACAACAACAGCAGCAGCAGCAGCAGCAACAACAACAUCAACGAAUAUUGCAACCAGACGCCGCAGAUUAUCAAAAUGUCAAUUCAAAAGCUAAACGAUAAUACGAACUCGGGCUAUGUUAGCUCCGAGGAGACGGACUCCCUGCUCGUAUCGAAUGCCACAAAGGGGGGCGGACGGACCGCGCUGCUGCGGCAGGUGAAGAGCAGCUCGGCGAAUGGACCAACCACAAACAAUAUGGCUUCCACGUCCGGUGGCAAACCGACGCUGAUGCGUCAGGAUCGAACUUCCACAUAUCUAACCAGUCCGCAGCAAUCGCAACAGCUGCGCAUGGGCUCCGAGGAGAGUAUGCGCGGCGGUUGCAUUGGCCAUCUCGAGGACAUCGAACAGGGGCUGGGCCGGCAGGCUCCAUGCACGACCAAUGUGCCCGACAUUGAGGUACACGAAGAGGACCAAGAACUAACACAGAACACAUCAACGACCACAACAAUAUCGGCAACGACCAGUGUGGCUGGCACAUCGCAGCAGACCAAACAGCAGCAGCAGCAGCAACAGCAGCAGCAGCACCAGCAAUCAAUCGAACAACAACAACAACAACAGAAACCGACCAUAUCAAUUAUGAAUUUAGGCAGCGGCACUGGCUCGAGCCAUCCCAAUCUGGGCACAUCCUCAUAUCAGAAUCUAUCGUCGAGCAUACCGCCGAGUGCGCCGAGUCGAUGUCGCGCCUGUCGCAAUUGCAGUCGUCGUGCCUCGACCACGCCCAUCUCGACGGGGGCGCAAAUCGAUAGAUCCGCAUCGCGAGAUAGCGUCAAAAGUGCCUAUCAGCCAAUCAAUCUAAGCAGCUCCAUGGCCAUAUGCAUAUCAAACUCAACGCUGCAACAGCAGCAGCAGCAGCAACAACAACAGCAGCAGCAACAACAGCAACAGCAACAACAAUUGCUGCUGCAUCAGCAGCAAUUGCAACUGCAUCACUAUCAACAGCCGCAGGUGCCGCCCGUUUUGAUUACCUCAUCGCCAACGAACGGCUCCCGGAUAAUUAGGCAAAGCUCACAGCCGGAAUCGAGCAGCACGGCGAUUUGCUGCGGCACGCACAGCUCCUGCGGCCAUUCGCACACCGUGCCGAACGUGUCGCUGAAGCAGCUGCGGGAGAGCACACAGGAUGGCAUUGCGGGCAUUGCGGCCGAUUCCCUGAGGAUCAACGGCGGCAUGCGUCCGUUCAAGCAGGGCGUUCUUCUAAUGCCUCGCACAUUGUCCGAAAGCCGAAAGUUGCGACUUAGAAGGGCCUUCACAGAGGCCACUAACGAAACUCUCCAAUGCUCCAAAAUGCUCCGCAAGCCAGCGUCGACACUGUCAAUUCCUGGCUCGAUGAAAACACCUUCCAUUGCGAACCGGGAACAGAUCUCAUCUGGAUGCAACGAAGAAGCGGCCGAGGCUUUAGUGGGUAUCCACUCCGACUACCCUAGGUAUGAAAUGUAUAUGGAAGAACGUGCGCUUACUGGCGGGAAUACCUCCAGGAAGCCAUCCACAAACUCGGCCAAACACAAACCGAAUGUGGGCUAUCGCCUGGGCAAGAGAAAAGCACUGUUCGAGAAGCGCAAACGCAUUAGCGAUUAUGCCUUGGUCAUGGGCAUGUUCGGCAUCAUUGUGAUGGUGAUUGAAAACGAACUGAGCAGUGCCGGCGUCUACACAAAGGCAUCGUUUUACUCGACAGCGUUAAAAACCUUAAUAUCUGUUUCGACUGUGAUUCUUUUAGGACUUAUAGUAGCUUACCAUGCUUUGGAAGUGCAGGUGAGAUUAUUCAUGAUAGAUAACUGCGCCGACGAUUGGAGGAUCGCAAUGACAUGGCAACGAAUUAGUCAAAUAGGGUUAGAACUUUUUAUAUGCGCUAUACAUCCAAUUCCUGGCGAAUACUAUUUCCAGUGGACGACGAAAUUGGCCAAUAAAAAUAAAACAAUUGGCACCGAAAUGGUGCCCUACGACGUAGCUUUAUCACUACCUAUGUUCCUUCGAUUAUAUUUAAUCUGCCGUGUCAUGCUGCUACAUUCAAAGCUAUUCACAGACGCAUCAUCACGGAGCAUCGGCGCUCUCAAUAGGAUUAAUUUUAACACAAGAUUUGUUUUAAAAACACUAAUGACAAUAUGCAAAAAAAAGAAAAAAAAGGUCUUUAUGGUCUCCCUGUGGAUCAUCGCAUCGUGGAAAAAAAAACAAAAAAAAAGGUUCCACGAUGAGGAGCACGCUAAUUUGCUAAACACCAUGUGGCUAACGGCCAUCACAUUUCUGUGUGUCGGCUAUGGCGACAUUGUGCCAAACACUUACUGUGGACGGGGUAUAACCCUCACCUGCGGCAUGGUGGGCGCUGGCUGUACGGCUCUACUUGUCGCUGUUGUCUCACGCAAGCUGGAGCUGACCCGUGCCGAGAAGCAUGUGCACAACUUUAUGAUGGACACGCAGUUAACAAAAAGGCUGAAAAAUGCUGCGGCGAAUGUUCUACGUGAAACUUGGCUCAUUUACAAACAUACAAGACUAGUAAAACGGGUUAAUCCCGGCCGUGUAAGAACCCACCAAAGAAAGUUCCUUCUAGCUAUAUAUGCGUUGCGAAAAGUUAAAAUGGAUCAACGCAAACUAAUGGAUAAUGCCAACACAAUAACCGAUAUGGCCAAGACACAAAAUACGGUCUAUGAAAUAAUAUCGGAAAUGUCGAGUCGACAGGAUGCCAUCGAGGAGCGCCUAACGAAUCUAGAGGACAAAAUGCAAAGUCUACAAGAGCACAUGGAAAGCCUUCCAGAUCUAUUAUCGCGCUGUUUGACCCAGCAUCAGGAGCGCAUCGAGCAACGACGCAACUUUCUGCACCCGGACACAGCAGCCGCUGCCAUUCAGCCAUCGAUUCAACCGCCCACGCCCCAAUCCAUGUUCAAUGCGGCCCCCAUGCUGUUCCCCCACUCUAGAAGUGUACCCUCAUCCAAUAACGCCGCUGCUACUUACCAUUGGCCAACAAGCCCUAUUUUGCCACCUAUAUCUAGUAGAACACCACAUUUAGUGCCUGAUACUCACAUGCCAUCAAAUGGAUCUGCAGUUAAUAGCUACGCAUCUUCCAACAAAUACGGCAGCUGAAUAUCAGACAGAGAGCGCUCCAAC